UCAACUAAUAUUUUGAACCUGCUAGUAAAAUAAUUAGCAUCAUGUCAUCCGACUGCUAUGUUGCAACUAACGUUAAGUACUUUAGCAAGUUAACGUUAGCUAGCAAGCUUUAUAGUCAGCUCCCAGGUGAUGUCUGCUUGCAAAUUAGACGACAAAUGUUCCUUAUUGAAAUGCAUUCAUUGGCUGUGUCUCAGUCUUGUUGUGAGGUCAUAUCGAGAACGUGAACGACACAAUUAGUAUAGCUAGGAAUCUGGAGAGCUGGGAGCAUUAAGCAGUCCGCCAUGCACUUCGGGCAAAGUGGGGUGAAUAUUCUCUUGAGCCAUGUUAUAGAAGACUAUUGGGUUGUAGGACUGUAUGAGGAGGCCUCUGUGUUUCUCUAGAGGCAGAGAGGAUCGCUGCUGCUGUUUGGAGCCAUGGAGAAGAUGUCGCGGGUAACCACAGCCCUGGGCGGCAGUGCCAUCAGCGGACGCACCAUGUUCUGCCACCUGGACGCGCCCGCCAACGCCAUCAGUGUGUGCCGCGAUGCCACACAGGUGGUGGUGGCCGGCCGCAAUAUCUUCAAGAUCUACGGCCUGGAGGAGGAGCAGUUUGUGGAGAAGCUCAACCUGCGCGUGGGCCGCAAGCCCUCGCUCAACUUCAGCUGUGCCGACGUCAUGUGGCACCAGAUGGAGGAGAACCUGCUGGCCACGGCUGCCACCAACGGGGCGGUAGUCACCUGGAACCUGGGCAAGCCGUCGCGCAACAAGCAGGACCAGCUGUUCACCGAGCACAAGCGCACGGUCAACAAGGUGUGCUUCCACCCCACCGAAGUCUACAUGCUGCUCAGUGGCUCCCAGGAUGGCUACAUGAAGUGCUUCGACCUGCGCAAGAAGGAGUCCGUUAGCACCUUCUCAGGUCAGUCGGAGAGUGUAAGAGAUGUUCAGUUCAGCAUGAAGGAUUACUUUACUUUUGCUGCUUCCUUUGAGAACGGUAACGUCCAGCUGUGGGACAUCCGGAGGCCUGACCGGUAUGAGAGGAUGUUCACAGCCCACACCGGCCCUGUGUUCUGCUGUGACUGGCACCCCGAUGACAGGGGUUGGCUGGCCACUGGUGGCCGGGACAAGAUGGUGAAGGUGUGGGACAUGACCACCAACCGGGCCAAAGAGAUCUACUGCGUCCAGACCAUUGCCUCGGUGGCACGGGUCAAGUGGCGUCCUGAGAGGAAGUGGCACCUGGCCACCUGCUCCAUGAUGGUGGACCACAACAUCUACGUGUGGGACGUCCGACGGCCCUUCAUCCCCUUUGCCACCUUCGAGGAGCACAAGGACGUGACCACGGGCAUCGUGUGGCGCCACCAGCAUGACCCCUACUUCCUGCUGUCAGGCUCCAAGGACAGCACACUCUACCAGCACAUGUUCAAGGACGCCAGCCGGCCCGUGGACCGGGCCAACCCCGAGGGGCUGUGCUUCGGCCUGUUUGGCGACCUUGCCUUCGCCGCCAAGGAGAGCCUCAUUAGUGGCGACUCCAACAGGAAACCCUACCCGGGUGGCGACCGCCGCUACCCAAUCUUCUUCUUCAAGAAGCCCGAUCUGACGGAGCAGUUUGCCCAUGUGUCCAGCGCCCUCAGCGUGUUCGAGUCGUCUCUGGAGAGCAGGCGCAUGGACUGGUUUGUCAAGACGGCGCGCCUCUACCUCCUCGGCGGCAAACCCUUCGCCGAGCUGUGCGACCACAAUGCCAAGGUGGCCAAGGAGCUCAACAGACCUCAGGUUUCCACUACAUGGACUAUGCUUCGGCUCAUGUUCUCAGAUCCAGCGAACCUCUCGACACCUGGUCCAAAUAACAUCAGCAAACUGGGCAACCUUCCUUUAAUGAACAGUUUCAGUAUGAAGGAGAUGGGGACGGAGAGCAGGCUGGACCGUAGUAAAGGAGAGAGCAGACAGGACAACAUUCACCUGGAGCCUGGGAACUCGCUCAUCAACAGCAACAACGACGAGAAUGAGGAGACCGAGGGGAGUGAGGGACAGGCGGAGUACAUGUUUGGUGACGCUGAGCUGGAUGACGAUGACCUCUACUCUAUGGAGCACGAAAUCCAGGCCGUGGAAGAACAGGAGUACACGCUCCCCCAGGAGGCCUUCCCGCUGCGCCACGAGAUCAUGGACAACCCGUCGGUCCCGGAGCACCUGCAGCAGGACAAGGCCGACUCGCCGCACGCCAGCGGCAACGAGGCGGAGGUCAUGUGCCUGACGCCCAUAGAGUCCCUCUCCCUGAUCGCCAUCUCGCAGCCGCUGUUCAGCCCACACCUCCCUUCCCGCUUUUUUUGCCCCGUGGUCAGAGAGAUGCUGAGCCACUACGCCGAGCAGGGCGACGUGCAGAUGGCGGUCUCGGUGCUCAUCGUCCUGGGAGACCGCAUCCGCAAGGAGAUCGACGACCUCACUCAGGAGCACUGGUACAUGUCCUACAUUGACUUGCUGCAGCGUUUCGAGCUGUGGAACGUGUCCAACGAGGUCAUCAAGCUGAGCACUUGCAGCGCCAUCACCUGUCUGAACCAGACAUCCACCACGCUGCACGUCAACUGCAGCAACUGCAAACGGCCCAUGAGCAACAGGGGCUGGAUCUGUGACCGGUGCCACCAGUGUGCCAGUGUUUGUGCUGUGUGCCACCAUGUGGUGAAGGGGCUGUUUGUGUGGUGCCAAGGCUGCAGUCAUGGCGGGCACCUGGAGCACGUGAUGAACUGGUUAAAGAGCAAUUCUCACUGCCCGGCUGGCUGCGGACACCUGUGUGAGUACACCUGACCCUCAGCUCCACCCCCUCCCAGCCAGCUCUCUGUGAGAGGGAGCGCACCUCACCUGGCUCACACUGGCCUGGGUCUCACACUCCAGGCUGGCCUCUCCAAAGACUGGGGUCCACAGGGGGGUGGCCAUGGUAGCAGGAUGGCUGUAUUGGAAGAUAGGUCGGUAAAACUGGAGUCCAAUUCAUUAAACCAGUCGGAGAGGAGAACGGGGGAUCAUGUACCUACCUUAUGGAGCACUGUUGAAAGUUUGAGAUGAGCCCGCUGGCCUAUUCAGUGCUCCCUUUGACAAUGACAGAAACUCAAAGUUAAGUGAACACAAUAAUGUAUGUGUGUGUGUAUAUAUACAGUUGAAGUUGGAAGUUUACAUACACCUUAGCCAAAUACAUUUAAACUCAGUUUUUCACAAUUCCUGACAUUUAAACCCAGUACAAUUUCCCUGUUUUAAAUCAGCUAGGAUUACCACUUCAUUUUAAGAAUGUGACAUUUCAGAAUAAUAGUAUAGAGAAUGAUUUAUUUCAGCUUUUUUCUUUCAUCACAUUCCCAGUGGGUCAGAAGUUUACAUACACUCAAUUAGUAUU